AUGCCGGGUGUUCUCGUAACUGGAACUUAUACGGAUUUGGGUGGAACUGCCGAACGAGCUGGUUUAAGACCUGGAGACGAAAUCGUUAAGGUCAACGGAGUCAACGUGGAAGAAAUGGACCAUCAGGAAGUCGUAGAUCGAAUUAGAGCUAAAGCAACGGUCUGUUUCAUGUUGCGUCGAAUGCGACCGUCUAGAAGUUACCUUGCAGCGACAUCCGGUGAACCAAUUGAGGUCUCUUCUCAGCCUAAUCAUCGUCGAUAUCAAAAACGCCGACUCCAUCGUGAAGCUGUAGGUCCGACCAGUGCCAGUGGAACAGCAGCUGCUGUUAACCGACGUCGGCCUAACAACGGUCUUAGCGGCAGCUCACAUAGGCCAUAUCAAAGAGACUUUUCAUCUUCUCCUCCAUCUUAUUCAGGACGAACAGACACUGACGGGGAUGAUACAGUUCAAGAGAGUGGUGAUCAAGGAGCUCAUGGUUCGAGCUCAGGAAGUCACGAAUGGAACGAUGAGGAUGUAAGUUGA